AUGCAGAUACCGAAACCCUUCCUAGGAGGAGUGGCCGGGGCGUUCGUCCUCCUGCAACUCCUCUUCCUCGCGAACAUGUCCUACCUGUACGGAUCUGCAUACCACGAUUCGUACCGGAUCAGCAGCAUGAAUGUGCUCUUUGUCGAUUAUGACCAAGGUGUUAUUGGGGAAUCAGUGGCAGCCGCCUACAGUCAAAUGCAAGGCGACAGCUUCCCGACGCUCCGCCAGCACCCGCCAUCCGAAUAUCCCUCCCAGUACAGCAUACGACAAGCCGUCUGCGAGGGCCACUUUUGGGGAGCAAUCUACGCCAAUCCGGGGGCCUCAUCGCGUCUCUCGUCCGCCCUCAGCUCGCCAGACGUCGCCCAGACAUACGACAGCUCCCAGGCGUUGACAUACGUCUGGAACGGAGUCAAGUACGCCUCCUAUGCGCAGAUAAUCUCAUCGAGCCUCCAGAUGUUGGCCCACGCAGCUACAGGCGCCUACCAGCAGAUCAACGGCACCAAGGCCAUGGGCGCCGUCGACACACUCAACCCGGCCAUUGCGCACACUCUGCUCAACCCCAUCGCCGCAUCGUCGAUCGACAUCAAGCCGACGAACCAAGGCGUCCGGUUCUACUACAACACCGUGUCGAUGGUGAUGCCGAUCCUGCAGCAGUUCUUCUUCAUAAUGGCUUUGAACGGCCUCACCGCCGAGUUUGGGGUGGUCCUCCGAACAAUGUCUCUUCGCGGCAGUAUCGUCCUCCGCCUCACCCUCUCCGUCUUGUAUACUUUCAUCGCGGCCCUCUGCAUGACGGGCUACAUCUGGGGGUUCCGCGAAGCUUGGGCUGUCACGGGCGGCCAGUUCGCCCUGACGUGGAUGGCGAUCUGGCUGGUCAUGCACCUGAACUUCUUACUGAUCGACGCUGUGACCAGCGUGCUUCCGAUGAAGUUCAUGCCGUUCGCCAUCCUCACCUGGAUCAUCAUAAAUGUCUCCAGCACCAUCGGGCCGUUUGAUCUUUCGCCAGGCUUCUACCGGCUCGGAUACGCCCUGCCUGCGUAUGAGCUCUAUCAACUGCUCUUGGAUAUCUGGACGGAGGGUUGUAACCCGCCUCUAUACCGGGAGCUGCCGAUCCUGUUCGCGUGGUGGGUGGUUGGAUUUGUUGCAUUCUUGGCUGGAAUGCGGAAGCGCGUUCUCGCAGCGAGGGCAGAUUACGUCGAAACCCGUAGGACAGACAAGGCCUGA